AAGAAACCCGGCCUGUUCUUCUGAUACCUGUUAUCGACACGCGCUUUUCCACCCUUUGGCACACGCACUCCCAAGAUCUCUUUCCCUAUCUGUCGGUACUUGCUGCUGAAGAAGCUCGGGCCAUCCGUGGCGCGCGAUCUAAACAUUUAUUAUUAUUUAUUCUCAUCCUUACUAUCUGGGUGCCGUCGCGACUGUCAUUUUAUCACACCAAUCCCAAGGCAUUGAGGUCUUGCAAGGGACGCGGUGAUAUUCACUUUGCAAUUGCUUGACGUCCUUUUUGUGAUGUAUCUCCUCGAGUCCCGUUAUAUGUCCUCAUACAUAUACGUGAAGUCAACUUAAGACGGUCCCCGGAAAACAAGGUACUACUCCAUACUGCAACUAUACGCCCCAAACUCAACUACGGCAGUGUCCACAUACACAAAGGGAAAUAGCCAUUGCUAAAGCAUCAUCCUAGCAAUGACAGAUCAGGACAGCACCUACAGACCCCGUUCACCCGAUCUUUCCACCUUCCAGUCCUCUAUUCCUCCCGCCGUUAACUCUCCCGUCUAUCAUCUCGCGAGCCCUCUGGCACACCGCGCUUCCUACGACUCCUCACCUUUCUUUACCCCGCAAUAUCAGCAACCACCGGCCCCGCUUGGUCGGGUCCCUCAGCAGUACAUACCACCAUUCACAGACCCAAACUCUCCUCUUUCACCAGACAUGGCUCGUCGAUCCUCCCGUCUGGCACGCGCAACCGAGGUCGCGCCCAUGCCAGAGGUCGCAUACGCACAGCCAGUACUCUCGGAAGAGCCGCAGCAGCUCCCACCGCCGCCACAACCCAACCCGGUGGCUAGCAUUGAGGUGAAGACGAAGUUCCCUGUUGCGCGUAUCAAGCGUAUCAUGCAAGCAGACGAGGAUGUCGGGAAGGUGGCACAAGUAACUCCCAUUGCUGUCUCGAAAGCCUUAGAACUCUUCAUGAUUUCUCUGGUCACGAAGGCGGCCAAAGAAGCUAGAGAUCGCAACUCGAAACGCGUGACCGCGUCGCAUCUGAAACAAGCGGUCGUCAAGGAUGAAGUUCUGGAUUUCCUGGCCGACAUAAUCGCCAAGGUUCCCGACCAACCUACCGGUGGAAGGAAGCAUGAUGACGAUGGCAGCGACCAGAACGAGCAACCAAAACGAAAGCGAGGCGGGCGGCGGCCCAGGGAUGAUAGUGACUAAGUGCUUGUCUUUAAUUUCUGGGACAUGACCUUCUUUCAUUUUCUCCUCAUUGUUUUCUUCAUGAACGACUUGAUGGGUGAUAUCUUAGACGGGAAUGGAGAGCGGGCGUAUACUCAUUUGGCGUUAUGCUGGUACGCAUGGUCGGGCUUGCAUCUAUUUCUGUUGAUGUGAAUAAGUACUUUUAGCUCUGGUUCAUUGCCGUUGGUUCCUGGAUCUGAGUUCAUUUGUCAUCUCAAUUUCUUUCUAUUAUCGUUGGGCAGUGCCCACCCACUCUUACUGUUGUACCUCGUUGGCUUGCGAGGAUGCAGCAUGAUUGUUGACAACUGUUAGGAUGGAUGAUCAAUAGUUCAUGAACCACAUCAAGAGUAUGAUUAUUGGGUCAGAAAUGCAGACCG